AGCCCCUGGACGGACGUUUGAUCAAGGUCACUCCACUUAAUCAUCGAAAUGUAGGAUUUUAAGUCCCUUUUCAUCAAGUAAAGGGAGUGAAUUGAAGGAUAAAGAUGUGGAGAUUAUUUUCAUCCAUUCCUCGGGCUGUGAGGCAGCAGUUUAACUCGUCUGUUCGUCACACCGGGGCGUGUUUGGAAGAAGAAAACAAGCAGAAACCGACACAGAAAGUUGACAGCAUUCAAGCUUUAAAACGAUACAAUGCAAGCUCAAAAUCAAAUGUUGCUAGAUUGGAGACGGAUCCCGGACGAGAGAAACACCAUGACUGGAAGAAGUCGAAGUUCCGUGAUGACUUCUGUUCUGCCUUCCUUUACCAGCAAUUGGAGGCAAUUCGAUGGGGUGCCGCUGUUGCUGCAGGUAUCAGUCUGACAAAGCCGUUCUUUUGCAAACAGUCCCGCCACGAAAAAACAAAACGACAAUCCAUAGUCGCGGAAGUCGCUCUACAUGUCCCGAAACAGCCGUGCGUAUUCGCAGGAAGUGAUUCCAUCCUACCGUCAAAAAAUAAAAAGCCAGCGGACAGAGUUCCUGGGUCUGGGACGGAUUUGUCGAAUAAAAACGUGACAGCAUCGCAAUCGACAACACAAAAGGAACCGGAUUUAUUAGACGCUGCUGUGAAACAGUUUCACGAUCUAUGCGAUUCGUACGUUGGGACAAACGAGAAUUUAAAGGCGCUGAGUUACGUCAAGAAACAGGAUUACUCGAUGGCUGUGGUGCAUUGGCAACAAGCCAGCAAUUUAGGAUAUUCGAAGGCUUCGUAUAAUCUUGGCGUCUGCUAUGAGCAGGGUUUAGGGAUUACCAAAAAUCUUACCAAGGCAGAAGAGUGCUAUCGGUCUGCGGCUGCCAAGGGGCAUAAAGAAGCCAUGUUUAACCUGGCAGCCGUCUUAUUGAAAAAGAAUCGUGAUCAGGCAGAACCAGCGUAUCAAUGGAUUGAGAAAGCUGCCAAUCAGGGCCUGAAAAAGGCCAAGACGGAGCUAGCCAUUCAUUACUUGGAGACAAAGGGGAAACCCAAGAAUAAGGCUGGGCCACUGCUGGAGAGCUCGGCCAACAGAGAGAAUGCACGGGAUCAGUACUAUCUGGCUCUCUGCUACGAAAACGGUUGGGGCGUCUGCCGCAAUGAGUGUAAAGCUGCUCACUUCUAUUCCAAGGCGGCAAACGCCGGACACGAAGAUGCCCAGUUCAGCUUGGGGGCGUUCUUUGAACACGGCUUAGGAGGAUUACCGGUUGAUGCGCAUUCGGCUAAGAUUUUGUAUCGCCAAGCUGCGGAUGGCGGCCAUCUUAAGGCCAAAGAGAGGCUUGACAAGAUAUUGGCGUUCGAGGCAUUGCAGCGGUGGAAUGAAAUCCAAGAGUUAAACGUCAGCCCAAAACGCUCCAGGAAUAUAACAUCUCAGUUCCAUCGUUCAAAAACUCUGAUGAAGGUGCCGUCGUGCAGUUCCCAAGGGUACGAGGUUCAAACAUCUGCGUCGUCACCGAGCCUUACGGAAUACCUCCGCCAACAAAUAUCCGAACUGCGUCUGCAGAAUCAACCAAUCACAGUGACGUCGUCGAUUCCGCAAUUUUAUCUCGGCGGUGAUAAUGACAGUGACCCUAAAGUAAGAGACGAUAACAUUCGACCUCAUUUCGAUGUUUGGAGACGUUCGCGUGAUAUGAGAGUUUCGUUGCAGAAUUCUGAGCAGCGUGAUGUUGGUGCGGGGGGCGACUGUAUAACACAUGUAGAGGCACAUGCAUGACCUUGUCACAUUUAGUCUUAGAUUUUUUAUUUUUUAUUUUUAAAAUGUUUGUUUACUUUUGUAUUGUUUUGGAUAGGGAUUAAACUGAGAGGGUGAUUGUGUCUUCGUACCUCAAUACAUUGCUUCAAGCUAUCUUUGAGGGCAUGCUUUAGAAACGUGUGUGAAACUUAAGCGCUGUGCAAACAAGUGAUAAUGACUGCUACGUGCAACAAAAAGAUCUCGUGUCUGCGGGUGAAACUGGUAAAGUCUGGCGAUGAUCUCAAAAUUGCUGGAUGCCAUUAGAGUUGAAAUCUAUUCAUUUAGGGGAGGGGGUCAGCCUGUUCCUGACAAAAAAUUGUUCACCUUUUCGAAUUUCUAGCAUCAUCUAAAAUAUACAUCUGACUUUUCCGUCUUUUUUAAGGGGCUGGGUGUUCAGAGAGAGGUCUAAAAUUUUAGUUAUUUUCAGAUGAUCCCUAACUCUAGCCUUAUGACGUACAUGUACCCGUUGACCUUCUAUGAAUUGAAAUCAUGCAAAAGAAUGGAGUCCCUUUGAUAUUUUUUCAUCCUUUCACUGUGUGGUCUCUCUGGUCAAAUAUGCAAAAAUAUUUAAGAUGAGCUCGGUUAAUAUUGUGGGUGCUGUUUGUCUUAUUGUUAUGUGCUAAGUUGAAGGGGUCCGUGCAAGAAACUGACAAUUGUAUUUUGUUCAUGCAGACAUUUCAUCUGCCCAGAAUGCAAGGUUGGUCUUGUAUUUUGUUCAUGUAUACAUUUCAUCUGCCUAGAAUGCAAUGUUGGUCUUGUAUUUUGUUCAUGCAGACAUUUCAUCUGCCCAGAAUGCAAGGUUGGUCUUGUAUUUUGUUCAUGCAGACAUUUCAUCUGCCCAGAAUGCAAGGUUGGUCUUGUAUUUUGUUCAUGCAGACAUUUCAUCUGCCUAGAAUGCAAGGUUGGUCUUGUAUUUUGUUCAUGCAGACAUUUCAUCUGCCCAGAAUGCAAGGUUGGUCUUGUAUUUUGUUCAUGCAGACAUUUCAUCUGCCUAGAAUGCAAGGUUGGUCUUGUAUUUUGUUCAUGUAUACAUUUCAUCUGCCUAGAAUCCAAAGAUGGUCUUAAAUAUUUUGUUCAUGCAGACAUUUCAUCUGCCUAGAAUGCAAGGUUGGUCUUGCAUUUUGUUCAUGCAGACAUUUCAUCUGCCUAGAAUGCAAGGUUGGUCUUGUAUUUUGUUCAUGCAGACAUUUCCUCUGCCUAGAAUGCAAGGUUGGUCUUGUAUUUUGUUCAUGCAGACAUUUCAUCUGCCUAGAAUGCAAGGUUGGUCUUGUAUUUUGUUCAUGCAGACAUUUCAUCUGCCUAGAAUGCAAGGUUGGUCUUGUAUUUUGUUCAUGCAGACAUUUCAUCUGCCUAGAAUGCAAGGUUGGUCUUGUAUUUUGUUCAUGCAGACAUUUCAUCUGCCUAGAAUGCAAGGUUGGUCUUGUAUUUUGUUCAUGCAGACAUUUCAUCUGCCUAGAAUGCAAGGUUGGUCUUGUAUUUUGUUCAUGCAGACAUUUCAUCUGCCUAGAAUGCAAGGUUGGUCUUGUAUUUUGUUCAUGCAGACAUUUCAUCUGCCUAGAAUGCAAGGUUGGUCUUGUAUUUUGUUCAUGCAGACAUUUCAUCUGCCUAGAAUGCAAGGUUGGUCUUGUAUUCUGUUCACAUAUACAAACAAAUACAUCAAAGCACCAACACUUUUGUAUAGCGAGUAUGUCUAGUAUCAAACCACACUGUGACAUCUAAACAUGAAUCCAACUUAUUCUGGCAUCAGUAUUGUUGUUAUUCAAACAGCGUUAUUGUUUUUUAAAUCGAUCUCAAUCUGAUACAUGCCUCAUAUAUCGUAGAUUUUGGUAGCGAUUGAUUUAACCCUGGGGGCAUUGGCAUCGUUACAUAUUAUUGCCUUUGUGAAAAUCUAAACACAUAAUCUCAAUAUGCUAUAGCUUGGCUAUUAUUGAUUAAUGGAAUGAACUCUAGAAUGGCUAGCAGUACUGAAGCAUCUAUAGAGUUAGAAAAUAAAAGUUUAAAAUUUGAAGUGAAAAUUGUAAAAUUACUACAUUGCAUCAUGGAGUGAAAAGAGGAGGCUUUAGGCUUGGCCUACACCCGAGGGUGUCCUUAAUAGAGAGGUUCCACUGUAUUUCCUGUGAGCAAUGAAACUUGAGAGUAUGCUUGUAUAUUAUGUCUGCUUUGGUAUAUAAUGGUGAUCGGGGAAAGGGAAAAAUGGUUUUAUGAGCACUACCACAAAGGUUGUUAUAGCUUAAGUUUUCGAAGUACCAUUGUAAAUAUGUAUAUAUUGAUAUUUUUGUAGUGUGAAACGUGAAAAUAAAACCAUGGUGUCUCUGAAGAAUAUA